UAAACUUUUGCAUUCUAGAAAAGUUGAGUUUAUUUCCGAUGCAUUUUACCGCAUAAAUAAAAAUGAAUGAUAUUCAGAAUGUAAUUGAUAGGCAAUUGGGAAUAUAUUCCCGGUUCAAUUACGAUAAUAUAUUAAAGAGACUCGUGGUAUAUGGCGAAGAAUCUUAUUAUGGAUUACAAAACACGGUGCUAGCUGCCAACUUUGACCAGGAUCCUCCAAUAUUUGCUUGUCGCUUCAGCGAAGCUCCCGGGCGCGAGCAUAUUCUAGCGCUCGCAAACGAAGAUGGUCGCGUUGCGAUACAGGACACUUCUACAGUCACAAGUGCAAGCUCCUUGGAGGGUUUUCAGUGUCACAACAAUGCAGUGUUUGAUCUUGCCUGGAUGCCUCAAAACAUGAAUUUUGUCACAGUUUCAGGUGAUCACACAGCAUGCCUUUGGGAUGUAGGUGAAGCAGCACCCAGAAGAAUUCAAAUGUUUGCCAGCCACACCAGGUCAGUGAAAACGGCAGUUUUCAGACCGACUGAGCCCUCGGUCUUUGCUACAGGGGCGCGCGACGGUCAUAUUCUCAUCUGGGACAUACGCGCUAGCAGUACUCAACCCCUCGUCAUUCAGAAACCAGAUAAUUGUCUCAUGAAUUGCCACGCCAGCUUCACACCCAAGACACCUGGAUCUCACGGUAAGAGACCCAGAAUAGACAAUCAGAGAGCUAUAAGUAUAACUGGCUUGGUUUUCCAAGAUGAUACAACGUUGAUUUCGUGUGGAGAAUGGGACGGGAAUAUUAAAGUAUGGGACCUCAGAAAAAAUUACAAUAUUUACAAAAAAGAGCCACUUCCUAAGCAUUCCAUUCCAUAUUGCGGAAGCUCUACAAAGAAUGGAUACACAAACCUAAUCAUCGACAGUUCGCGAGUGAGACUUUACGCUAGCUGCAUGGAUAAUGUUAUCUAUUGCUUCAACAUAUCCACAUACAACUCCCUACCGGAGCGAAGAUACGUCGGCCACGAGAACAACACGUUCUACAUCAAGACGAGCCUCAGUCCAGAUAGUAUGUAUUUGGUCAGCGGAAGUAGCGACAAGAAUGCUUAUAUUUGGAAUGUAAAAUAUUCCCAGCCCAUAGUAAAGUUGACGGGCCACUGGGCGGAGGUGACGUGCGCCGCUUGGUGUCAGAAAGGUGACACUAAAAUCGUCACUUGCAGUGACGACGCGAGACACAAAAUUUGGCGCAUCGGCCGGGAAUUUCCAGAUAAAGAUGAGGAGGUAAAGGGAAGAGCGGAGGUCGUGCCACUCGUGGAGGUAGCCAGCCUUCCCCAGUGGGGGGCUUUAGAGAAAACACCAAACUCACUGAAACGUAAAAUGAUCACAACCCCGAGUUCACACAGUACAAAACGUACACGCGGCCUUUCGGAGAGCGGGACCGUUAGAAGAACAAAGCGAUGCCUCACAGACUUGAUGAACGCUACGAGAGACGCCGACGAAGGGGAGAGCGGUAUAAAAAGAAUGAAACUCGACAUGCCUCUCAUACCGGAAGGUGACGAAUCAAAAGCGUUAUCGGCGCCUACCAAGCGUCGAAUUUUGUGUUCGGACGCCUCCGUCCCAAACAAGAAAAUGUGCCAGGACGGGGAGAUGCCGGGCCCUAGUGAUUGGACAUAUUUAGCCCCCAAACCUGGGACUUCCUUUAUGACGCCCACUAAGAACUACGAGAAGAAAAAUUGCAAAAUCCUGUCCCCCAAAAGCCCAAAGACUAUAUCGCCCGGAUCUAGCAGGUCCCCAGUAAAAGUGUCACCCACGAAGGUUAGAAUAAUCAGCAUUACGACGCCUACUAAUAAUUUACCGAACUUCGUGCUGGACGGUGAGGCGCCGCACCUGAGAUUGAUGUCGCCCGUGAAGAAGAAACAGGACACCACCGACUGGUUGACUUUGAUGGCCAGAGAGAAGAAGGGCAAAACUGACCCAGUAGAAAAAAUCAACCUCCCAGCUCCAUCGAGCCCGAAAGAAAUACCCGCUAGAAGAAAUUCAGCCACUGAAAAAACUCCCAAAUUAACGAGCAAAAGUAGAACAUUACUCAAGUACUUUAGUGUAUCUAACAAGAAAUAGUAAAUCUCACUACGAUUAAGCAUCAACAAAAGUAAAAUAGGCCAUUACAAUCUGCAAAAGAUUAAGCAGGAGAUUGAAAUUAUUUAUUUCUUUAUUAUUAUUACCAAUCUUUGGAUUGUUCAAAACUAUUUCUUCCUUUUCUGCUAUAUAUAAAUUGUUAAAACGUGGGUACUGGGCACCGACCGGCGACCACACAACCACUGCCUGGUGAUACUGGGUAAUCUACAUAAUUAUAUUAUUGUGCCUGUUGGGUUUCAAUUAUUUAUUUGAGCAGUAGUGGAUUAUGAACAUUGUCCAAGUUGUUAUCGUUACUGUGUAAGAAUCUAUAUCCUCGCUUCACUUAUGAACGAGGGUGACAAAGGCCAUAAAAUAAUGCAGGUAGGGAAUAAUAAUUAAUUAGACUUAUUGUUACAUUUUGUUCUGGAGACGAGACCUAUGUAAUUUUGCUUUGUUAUGGAUUAGAUCAAACAUACAAUUUGUAUGUUAAAUGUUAAUUGAUAUAAAAUUAUUUUAAAAGAAAAUUUUAACUGUGCGACUCAUUAGUCAAGUCAAAUUUUAUACGCCAAAAAGUUUUCGAAAUUGUGGUUCCUGUUUGUGAAUAAUUAUGAUUAAUAUGUAAUGAAUGAUUAAAUGUACAUGAAAUAACUUUUAUCAUCUGAGAAGUCAAAAAACGGUUACAUUUUAUUUAAAAAACGUCUUUUGUUGACUGUAUAUGUGUGUAUUCGAUGUCUGUGUUAAAAAUGUAGUUACAGAUUUUACAUGCAAGUUCGUGUUUUCAUCACAAUGAUCCUUCGGUUUUCUAUAUUUUGUUCUAUGAUCCCAUGUCGCCUAUUCAUUCGUUAUCUUCUAAAUUUAUUGUAAUACUUGAAUAUUGUCUUGGCGCCCAAGAUAAAUUAUUGUAUUUUAUUGACUAUGUUUGAGAAUCAUCGAGAUUUUUAAGAAGUAUGGCAUAUUGUGAUUUAUGUAAGUAUUAAGAAAAAAAGUUUACUUCUA